UCUUGUCGCCAGAGGCUCGCUUCAAACUGUCUUAUUCAACUCGUUUAAUAAAUUCGAUACAGAAUCAAAAGUCAUUUAAUUUUCUCUAUUUAUCAAUAUUGGGCAAUCACGUUUAAUCAUCUUGGUUGCAAAAAUGUCACAUGAAUCGUGACAAAUUCAAGGGGGAAAUUUGCUGUAAAAUAUUAGAAAGAAGUUCUCCAAUCUUUGCAAACAAUGAAGGGGAGAUUAUUUCGAGAAGAUUGUCAUGAUGCGUCGUUAAAAUAACCAACAACGUCAUUUCAAUUACGUACUAACGUUUAUGACGUCAUUACGUUAACAACCAAAUCAUUUAACGACGCCAGUUUGUGAAGAACUGCAGCUAACUUCAGCUGUCAUCCUUUAUUAUUGAAAAAUAUCAGAAUGGACACUGUAUAUCAGCCUUCAUUUAUCUUUUCGCAGAACGGAACUCUGAUAACCAAUCGAUUUGUUGAGUUUCGGAAGCUGUGUGAAUUAUUUGCUGACGAAAUUAUAAAAGGACGAGAUCCUUCAGCAAUGAUAUUAACCAAGAUCACAAAAUUCCCGCCUCUUAGAGAUGUUCCACUGUUGAACGAGGCUUUUGAUCUAUUAAAAGAUUCUGCGUUUGAAUAUCAUAUAUCUCGUGAGAAAGGUAAUUUAGAUUAUUGGCCUGAAGAUGACCCACAAAAUGACCAAGGGGAUUCAAAUAGGUCCAACUCUUCAACUGAUAGGUUGAGAAGAACAAGACAGACAUAUAAUACGUUUUUACCAAAAGAAGAAAUGGCUGCAUGUAAGAAAUUGUUCCGGAAAUUAUCGCAAGUAUGCCAUAAACACCAGCAAGCACUUGAAUCCUUACAAGAAGCUAUUUCGGCAUACAAAGAACUGGACAAGAAAUGUUUUGAUGCAUACACACAGAUGAAUAUUGCAUCUGACAACUUCAACGAAUAUGCUAACGUUGAUGUAGAUGACCAAAAUGAAUUCAAAGAGGCUAGCUAUGAAGCCCAUAAGGUUUACAUACAGCGGACGAAAGAAUACAUCAUGUACAAAGAUAAGUCUAAGAUGGCUUUUGAGAAGAUGUACCCCAGGUACAAAACAGAGAAACAAAUCAGAGAGGAGCGGAUAAAUAAGCUGGACAAUGACUUGAAAAUCAUCAUAGAGACAGAGAUGAGGGAAAUACUGACAGAGGGAAUGAAAACAUUGAUGAAAAUAGCUACAGCAUGCCGAUUCUCUCCAGAUGUCAUAGAUAGAAUUGGAAACUUUGAUUGUGCCAUCACUGCUGUAAAGCUUUACAGAGAUGUUUGCUUGAAGUACUGCCACCCUGCCGUUAAUGAGAAACAUCUGGGUAAUGUACUUGGAAACAGUUUCUACAUUUAUCCAUAUUUUUAUGUCAUGGAUAAAGAUGAACGAAGAUUUCGGCAGCAUGAGAGUUGUAUAUCUCUACUCGAUGGAGAAUCAAAACAAUUUAGACGAGAAGAGCUGUAUGUAUGGGCAAAUGCCACUUUAGAUGUUAAAGGGGAAGAUUGUUUGCUCAAGUUAAAACAAGAUAUUACCAUUAAACAGAAAUUUUGUUCUGCUGACGGCAGCCUUGCAUUUGGUUGGACAAGAAAGUUUGGGUGCGGGAACAAGCAUUAUGGAUUCUAUCAUACACAUAAUACAAGACUUGUCCAAUGA